AAUGACGUCACUUCCCAGUUAAACGUGGCUGCCUUGCGAGUGAAGGAAGGAGUGGCUUUGCGAUCUGUCAAGUUAAAUGAUUUCUCGUGAAAAUUAAUGACUUGUUGCAUUAAUUAAGUUAUUCUCGUGUGUUUAGUACUUAUAAUUCAUCGUUCAGUAGUUCUUAUAUACAAGAAAAAUGUCGUCUUCGGGUGAUUUUGGAAACCCGUUGCGUAAAUUUAAGCUUGUCUUUCUCGGUGAACAGAGCGGCUACAAUAGGUAUAGAUUUUUUAAGCAAAACUAUGUAUCUGGAGGAUAGGACUGUAAGAUUACAACUAUGGGAUACUGCAGGCCAAGAACGGUUUAGAUCUUUGAUACCUAGUUAUAUCAGAGAUUCUACUGUUGCAGUAGUGGUAUAUGAUAUUACUAAUGCAAACUCAUUUCAUCAAACAUCAAAAUGGAUUGAUGAUGUAAGGACUGAAAGAGGAAGUGAUGUAAUUAUUAUGUUAGUGGGUAAUAAAACUGAUUUGGGUGAUAAAAGACAAGUAUCAAUGGAAGAAGGUGAACGAAAAGCUAAAGAGUUAAAUGUGAUGUUUAUUGAAACUAGUGCUAAAGCUGGAUAUAAUGUGAAACAGUGCAAGAAGUAGUUCUGCAGGACACACCAAUUGAACUGAGAGCAUCGGAGAGCAGUUGUGCAUGUUAAACCACCGAUCAGCCUAAUGGUAGACAAGACAUUGAUCUAAGUUAAUUUAUAAAUUAAACUUUCAAUGCUAGGACAGUGAUGUUCAGUCCUGUGUUCUUUUCCUAGUUUACCAUAUGGAAAGGAACAGUACUGUACUGAAGAGCUGUACUGAUUUUUUGUGAAAAAAAAGAAAAAAAAAAGAAA